CUAAUUUAUAAGUAUAUGUCUGCAAAAUUUAGCAGCAAAAGCUUUACUGUCUGUCUGGUGCGCAUAAUAUAGAGAAAAAAGACAAAAUGACUGUCAGUCAGAAAGCAUCGCCUGAAUCAUGACAAGAGAUCCACGACAUUCAAUGGACACUUCGCGACAGCAUGACAACGACAUGGAACCAGCCGCCGUAGAUAAAAUGGUAGGACUGGACACAGCGAGUGGUUCAUUAGAGCCGCCAAUAAUAUUGCCAGUAAUCAAUGCCCACCAAGAUCCACAAGUACUAAUCUUCAAUUUGAAUGAUUUGAAGCAAUUAAGAAAUCAGUAUGGAAUAUUGGGGGUAUUACUAGGAACUUUAAGUCAGUAUCCUCAACAAAAUUUCUUCUUAUCGAUUCCAUUAAGAUUGUCUGUAUAUGAAGUUGUGUGGUUGGUAGAAACCAGACGAGGGAUUCUUGUUGAUCAAUUAAAGUAUCGAAAAGAUAAACUACUUACAAGUAAACAAACUGGUAAAGAUAUCAAGGUUCAUGUACGGAAGGAUGGGGUUAUAGAAGAAAAUGCUCAUGAGUAUAACUUUAUAACGACACGAAACACUGAUAAAGAGGGGCGGAAUGAGGAGUUAAUACACGAGCAUCAAAUUCAAUUACAAGAGUAUAUAGAUCAGUAUAUUGUCAGUAAUAAGCAGUUGAGUCGAAAGCAGUUUAUGUGUAAUUACCAAAACUUUAAGUACUUUAAAGAAUUGAACUAUUACAUAAGUCCUGGUUUAAAAUUUGGAGGUGAUUUAGUAUUAUAUCCUUCAGAUCCCUUGAGAUUUCAUUCUCAUUCUAUAGUGAGAUUGGGCUCAAUUGAUCUUAAUGAUAUAAUCAUUGGUGGACGAUUGGCUACUGGAGUUAAAAAGAAUUAUAUUGUAGUCGAUACACAGAUUAAUAGUAAUGAAGAUCAUGACCAUGAGUCUAUCAUUACAAUACUACAAAAGCCUGAUACACCAAAGGUGUUUUCAGUAGAAUGGGCUGGAUUUGGAUAG